GAGUAAAUCACUCACCUCUUCAUCUUUUCCUUUUCCUUUCUUCUCUUUUCUCUCUUUUUCUCGAGAAAAUCACAUUUCACCCAUUCUCCUUAAUUUCUCUUCAACAUCAAAGCUUUUUCAAAUUUAACAAACUUUUUUGUUUUUCACAACAACUAACCGUUUAUAUUUCCAACAAAACAUUUGUUAGAUUUUAUAAUUAUUUUUGAAGGGUUGUGAUUUUUAUCUGAGAAAUUGCAAAGAUGAAUGAUGGAAGACAAAUGGGGUUGCAUUAUAUGGAUGCUGGUGGUUUUCCUUAUGCUGUUAAUGAAAAUUUUGUGGAUUUCUUUCAAGGCAUCAAUCAUGUUCCUGUGAAUUAUGCUUUUCCUGGCUCAAUGCCUGAUCAGGAUAGUGCCUACUGGUCGAUGAACAUGAGUCCCUAUAAGUUUGGAAUGUAUGGACCUGGAAGCACAUCUUAUUACAAUUCUUAUGAGGUAAACGAUCACUUGCCAAGAAUGGAGAACAACAGGACCGAGUGGGAAUACCCUUCUGAAGUCAUCUCUGAGGAACCAGCUUCAACAGAUUCUCCAUCUAGAAGAGAUGGAGUUAGCAUGCAGACUAUCCCUGAAGAAUGUAGUCCCAAUCAUCAAGAGUCCAGUAGUAGCCAGGUGAUAUGGCAAGACAACAUUGAUCCUGACAAUAUGACUUAUGAGGAGCUACUUGACCUCGGGGAAGCAGUUGGAACUCAAAGCCGAGGUCUUCCCCAAGAACUUAUUGACACACUUCCAACUUCGAAGUACAAAUUCGGCAGCUUAUUCAAAAGAAAAAACUCUGGGAAAAGGUGUGUAAUUUGCCAGAUGACAUAUAGAAGAGGUGACCAGCAAAUGAAAUUGCCAUGCAGUCAUGUUUAUCAUGGUGAAUGCAUUACCAAAUGGCUUAGCAUUAACAAGAAAUGUCCUGUUUGCAACACUGAGGUUUUUGGCGAGGAAUCUAUGCAGUAGCAUCGGCAUGACAAAAAGGAGCUCUCUUGCUCUUUUAAUUUUUGCACCUAGCAGCACAAAUUGUGGAAUUUGGGUUGGCUUCAUUGAAGUUUCCAUUGUGUUGGAUGCGAGGGGGUGGGUAGUUCCAUAUGAUCUAAGGAUGUACUGCAUUGCCUAGAUUACUAGAUAUAUGUUUUAAGUAGUGCUUAUAAAAUUUGUACAAUUAAUACCUUACAAAAUGAUUUUGUAGAGUUAACAUAGAUAUAACCUAAAAGAUGAUAUCAGGGUCUA